AUGUCACUAUCCAACGUCCUACUGGUUACAUUCGUGGCCAUCUUGGUCGCUACAGGUGUGCUCGUCAUCCUUCAAAGACAGUCAAGUGCCGUGGCAAUACCACUACUGGGAGGUAAAGCCACCAACAAACAACCAACGUAUAUCAUCUGUGGUCCUUCGAACAGUGGGAAAACGGUGCUGUUUCACCACUUGACCCAGCACAGAUUCGUUCCGACGGUGUUAUCACAGGAACCAAACUCGACGACGAAAUUCCCGCUGCCUUCCUCCGGUGCCUCUGUACAAGAGUUCAAGCUUGUUGAAUUCCCGGGCCAUAACAAGCUACGUUCCAUGCUAUACGACGAGAUUAAGCAGAGUCCGAAUAUCCAUGGGCUCAUUUUCUGCCUUGACUCCACCACUGACCCUAAGCAACUGUCUGAGAGUGCUAAAUUCCUCUACAAUGUUCUCGUGCUGACUGAAAGAAGACCUGGUGGUGUGGAUGUGCUAGUGGCUUGUACCAAGAACGAGUCCUUCAGCGCAAGACAGCCAAAGAAGAUUAGAGAGGUUAUGGAGAAUGAGAUUGGUGUGUAUAGAUCUCUUCAAAGCUCUAAUGUUUCAAAAAAUGACGGUGAUAACGAUGGAGAUGAUGACGAUGAGCUCGAUCUCGGUGAUGCUGGCGCAAAAUUCCAAUUCGAUCAACUCGAGGCUAACGUUGACUUCAUCGGUGGCAGUGUGCUAAAGGGCAAGACUGACCAGUGGGAAUGUUGGAUUGACGAGAGAUCUGUAAACUUUUAA